AUGGCGACCGAAGCCGACACCCAGCAGCAUGAACUAUCCAAAGACAAAAAGUCCGAGCCCGAUGUACUUGACGACGACUAUCCCAAAAUCGAAGAGGGCAAACAGACCUCAGCAAACGGUGUUCUGGAAGCCCUUGGCUAUGAGCCCGAAUUAGUUCGGAACCGUUCCACCCUUCAGGUGGCCUUUAUGUCGUUUGUCCUUGCAGCAAUCCCAUAUGGCCUCGCAACAACAUUCGUCUAUCCCAUUGUCGGAGGAGGUUCGGUAAGCAUCAUCUGGGGAUGGCUUGCAGUCUCAGUGAUUAUUCUUUGCGUGGCUGCUUCCCUUGGCGAAAUUACAUCCGUCUACCCAACUGCAGGAGGUGUCUACUAUCAAACCUUUAUGUUAGCACCUCUUUCCUACCGACGGAUUGCUUCGUGGAUCUGUGGAUGGCCAUAUGUUGUCGGCAAUAUUACUAUUACCCUGGCAGUCAAUCUCGGAAGCACCCUUUUCCUCGUUUCGUGUAUUAAUGUUUUUGAGUCCUCGGCCGGAGUGGGAAUCUUCGAGGCGGAAACUUAUCAAGUUUUCCUGAUUUUCCUUGCUGUUACUUUUAUUUCUACUGCGGCGUCAGCCUUUGGAAACAAGUGGCUGCCCUUGCUUGAUACUUUUGCGAUAUUCUGGACACUUGCCGGUGUUUUGGCCAUUGUGGUCUGUGUUCUGGUAAUUGCUAGACAUGGUCGACAUGAUGCCGGGUAUGUCUUCACAAACUUUGAGCCCCAGUCCGGAUGGCCAGCUGGCUGGUCAUUCUGUGUUGGCCUUUUGCAAGCUGCUUACAGCACUUCAUCGACUGGAAUGAUUAUUUGUAUGUGUGAAGAGGUGCAGCACCCAUCAACACAAGUCCCAAAGGCAAUGGCUGGUACGGUCAUUUUGAAUACCUUGGCCGGUUUCCUCUUUCUCAUUCCUCUGGUCUUUGUACUCCCCGAUACCACCAUGCUUGCCGCUCUCGCCUCCGGUCAACCGAUGCCGACUAUUAUCAAGUCUGCUAUUGGAAAUGAGAUUGGAUCAUUCUUGCUGCUGGUCCCUCUAAUAUUCCUCGCCUUCUUGUGUGUAAUUGGCUGUACCACCGCUGUUUCGCGAAGCACUUGGGCCUUUGCCCGCGACGGGGGUAUCCCAGGCUCCAAGUGGUGGAAGCAGGUGAAUAACGAUGGUGUUCCAUUCAACGCUAUGAUGCUUGGCACUGCUGUUCAGGUUCUGCUCGGUUUCAUUUAUUUAGGAUCCACUGCUGCAUUUAACGCUUUCACCGGUGUUGGAGUGAUUACGUUGACCGUCAGCUAUGCUUGUCCAAUUGCGGUGUCUCUUGCUGGAGGCCGAAAGCAUAUCAAGAAUGGCCAAUUCGAUCUUGGGACUCUUGGGCUACUUUGUAAUAUUGUGGCUCUGGCAUGGAGUGUCCUCGUGAUUCCUCUCUUCUGCAUGCCAACUUCGAUCCCUGUAUCUGCGGAGACGGUCAAUUAUGCACCAGUCGUUUUUGUGGCAUUUAUUUUGAUUGCUUCCGCUUGGUACUGGGCUUUGGGGGAACCAAACGGCCGAGUUUGUGCCAAUCUGUUGGUGUCCCAAUGGAACGGUGAUCCAGCAGCCGACUGGCGACAGACCCAGCUCAUCAACUUUCAUAUUGACGACUCCAGCGACAUUUCUUCUAUUCUUCCUACUUGGUCAAAAGUAUGCAUUAUUGUUGCCAACUCGUCGGGGAUUGAAAGGUGCGAUCAGUGCCGAAACUCGAUUAGCAAUGCGCUCUCUAUGCCUCAUUUCUGGUGGUCAAAAUAUUUACGAAACGGGAAUGGUGGGUUUGGUUGUGAAAGUACGAGGAGUUCUGGGAUUGUUACCGGCUUCAAUACCUGGUCCAGAUUUACUGUGAAGCAGGUAAGACCCGAUGCCAGCUUUGUGUGGUAUUACACAAACCUCUUUACCAGGUGGCUACCGUCAACUGGUCAGACUGUUGUCCUUGCCUUCGAUAUGGAGCCACCGAUCCAAGGGCGGUGUCUCAGAGCUCUCAUGAAUGCCGACCCAAGUCUUCUCAGUGAUCCAUUCUGGGCUCACCCAUAUUUGAUGGAGCAGAUUGCUCGCGCCCAGGAGCCCUCUGUGUGGGCUAUCCGGGAUCAUGUUCGAGCCUUAGAGACCGAAGGAAAGCCGGAAGGUAGACCACAGCCUGACUACAGGCGGCUGCACGACAUUGCACGGCAUGCGAUCCACGUCAAUGAGACACUAGACGCCACCAUGCAAAAUUUAGAAUAUCUCAUGACUGAGCAUGAAUACUAUCAAAAGUCGACCCCGGAGAAUGUCACCAGUGCAUCGGAGGAUAUCCACCGUCGGCUGCGCUUUUUCCAAUCGUUCAUUGCCAAUCUACGCUCACGGUCAAUCUCGAACGAAAAGCGACUUCAGAAUGAGAUCCAGCUGGCCUUCAAUACGGUUGCUCAGCAUGAUUCCAGUAUUACGCUUGAAAUUGGUCGUGCGACUCAAUUGGAUAGCGCCACUAUGAAAACCAUCGCGUUCGUUACUCUUACAUUCUUGCCUCCCACAUUCAUCUGCGCUAUCUUCAGUAUGUCCUUUUUCAAUUACGGCCCUGAUACUGGUUGGAAUAUGUCGAGCAAUUUUUGGAUUUACUGGGUCUUCGCGAUACCCACGACUGUUAUUACGACUGUCCUGUGGACCUAUUGGCCAAAUAUUCGCGACAUACUUCUUCCGAAAACCGAACAAAUUUGA